AUGACAAUCCUAUCCGCAGACACGCUCUCUAUCACCCGCCCAUAUUCCAACUCUCUGUCUACCCUCAAGGUCAUCGCUACGCCCGUAACGGAGUCGCCUCCGUCGCCUGUAGCCUCCUCGAUAUCACCCAAUGCCACGAAUCUAGUCGAGGAAUUCAUCAACGCUCACAAAGAACUACAAAGUUACAAGAGUGGCCGACCCGUUGUACUUGAUGGACACACGUUGUCGAUAGCAGCAGUCGCUGCUGCUGCACGCUACGACGCCGGAGUCGAACUCGACGACUCUCCUCUCGUCAAGGAUCGCCUGCUACAAAGUCGCCAGGUCGUAGCCGACAAGGUCGAGCAGGGCACGAGUAUUUAUGGCGUGACAACGGGAUUCGGCGGCAGCGCCGAUACGCGUACUGACCAGCCGAUCCUGCUGGGGAAUGCCUUGAUGCAGAUGCAACACAGUGGUAUCUUACCUUCUUCAUCGAAACCACUAGACGCACUUCCCUUGCAAGACCCAUUUGGCCUCGCAAUGCCCGAAUCGUGGGUUCGCGGUGCUAUGCUCAUUCGCAUGAACUCCCUCAUUCGAGGACAUUCGGGCGUGCGAUGGGAACUCAUCGAGAAGAUGAAUGACCUCCUUCGCGCCAACAUCACACCUGUUGUUCCAUUACGUGGAAGUAUAUCAGCAUCUGGCGAUUUGCAACCGUUGUCUUACGUCGCGGGUGCAUUGUACGGUAACCCUUCUAUUCGGGUAUUCGACGGAGAAAGGACUUCAGCGCUUGGCCCCCGUAAAAUUGUAUCUUCGGUCGAAGCCCUCGAAGCGCACAGUAUCUCGCCUAUAUCGCUUGCGUGCAAGGAACAUCUCGGCAUCUUAAAUGGAACCGCGUUCAGUGCAUCGGUCGCUGCUCUUGCCUUGCACGAUGCGGUCCACCUUACUCUGCUCACCCAAGUACUCACGGCUAUGGGGGCAGAGGCCUUAGCUGGCACUCGUGGCAAUUUCGAUCCUUUCAUUCAUGCAGUCGCGAGACCACAUCCUGGCCAGAUCGAGACAGCCGACGUCAUCUGGAACCUGCUUGAAGGUAGCAAGUUUGCAACGACGGAGGAAGAGGAGAUGACAAUUGACGAAGACAAGGGUCACUUACGCCAAGACCGCUAUCCUCUCCGCACCUCUCCCCAGUUCAUUGGUCCUCAGGUCGAAGACUUGAUCGCAUCAUUGGCGACGAUCACGUUGGAGUGCAACUCCACUACCGACAACCCAUUGGUUGACGGCGAAACCGGGAAAGUUCACAACGGUGGUAAUUUCCAAGCUAUGGCUGUAACCAAUGCGAUGGAGAAGACCCGCCUCUCUCUCCACCACUUGGGCAAGCUCGUAUUCUCCCAGUGCGCUGAGCUCAUCAACCCAACCAUGAAUCGCGGACUUCCCCCUUCUUUGGCCGCGACCGAUCCUUCUCUCAACUAUCACGCCAAGGGGAUUGAUAUCGCUUCAGCCGCCUAUGUUGCAGAGCUAGGCUACUUAGCGAAUCCGGUGUCCACGCAUAUACAAAGUGCGGAAAUGCACAACCAGGCCAUCAACUCGAUGGCUUUGGUUUCCGGACGAGCAACAAUCACGUCGCUGGAAGUUCUCUCGUUGUUGAUAUCAUCUUACCUCUACGCCAUCUGCCAAGCCCUGGAUCUCCGUGCGCUGCAACAUGAAUUGUACGAAGGCCUGGAUGCGAUUGUGAAGGAGGAGAUCAUCGCCGCUUUCUCCCCUUUCCUCGACGACUACGAGAUCACUCGUUUCACCGCGAUCAGUUGCCAUAUCGUGCGCGAUGCCAUGGACUCAACUAGCACGAUGGAUGCUAAGGAUCGUAUGACCUCUGUCGCAGCAUCGCUGACGACUCCCUUGGUCGAUUUCCUGACUGGAGAGGCCUUUUCUGAUGUGGUCUCUGCCGGUCAGGCUCUUACGACGAUCCCAGCUUUCCGAGCACGCAUCGCCGCCAGAGGUUAUGAACUCCUUGACGAACUUCGCCGCGCAUACCUCUCUGGUGGCGGCCGUGGCCUCGCACCUGCAAGCAGGUUCUUGAACAAGACACGCCCAGUCUAUGAGUUCGUUCGUCUUACGCUCGGCAUCAAGAUGCAUGGUGCGGAGAACUACAAUGACUUCGAGAACGGUGUUGGUGUUGAUGAUGUUACAACCGGACAAAACGUUUCUUUGAUCCAUGAGGCUAUUCGGGAUGGCAAACUACAGCCUAUCAUCGUUGACUUAUUCUAA